AAUGGAAGCGAUUGCUCCUUCCUUAUAUCACUUGGUCAUGACAAUAUUGUUAACUUUGCCACCCGUCUUGGUAAAAAACUGGAUCUAGUAUUCAUCAAUGAUGUUGGCAUAUAUGAAGCUCGCAAACGUGCUCCUCUACUUAAUUCUGACCACUGCAUCAUACGUGUACUGCCUAAAAUAUAUUCCAAAUCACACAAAGGUGUCCUUUCUCACCUCUACAGUAAAGUUCAACGGAGAUGCUACUCAAAAGACAACCUAGACAAGCUCAGAUGCAUGUUGAAAGACACUAACUGGGACUUAUUUACAGAACAAACAUUAGAUGAAACAAUCACAAACACUACCGAUUAUCUUAAAUUCUGUUUCGAAAUAUGUUGUCCUAAAGAAACAUUAUUCAUUCGAUUUGAUCGCUUAUCUUCGCCAUAUCUCAAAAAGCUACGUAGAAAUAAAGAACUGUUGUUCAAAACUAAUGAUAAGCCUGGUGUAAAAAAGUUAAACAUGCUGAUAAAACUGGAAAUGAAAAGACUAAGUGUUUUAUAUAAUCAAAGAUUUUUGUCAUGUAAAACCCCUUCUAAUUUAUGGAAACUUUUCAAAGAAAUUACUAACGGUAAGCGAUGUAUUUCUGUUCCAUCUCUUAAUGUUGACACUCUUAAUAAAUCUUUCAUACGCUCUUCUGUUGAUACCCUUCCAAAUGAUACAAAUCAUAUUGACAAUAACUUUAGUGGUUUUAAUACCCUUGAUGUGCUUAAAUGUCUCCGGUCUCUUAAGCCUUCUCAAAGCCUUGGUCCUGACGGCAUACCUGCCAUUGUCCUCAGGAAUUGUGCUGAUAUUUUGUGUUAUCCUCUUACUAACAUUUUUAAUGCUUCUUUUUCCGGUAACGUUCUACCUUUUGCAUGGAAAAACAUUAAAAUUAUCCCUAUACCAAAACCAUCUUCUGGUUCUGAUAUUAAAUUUCGGCCUAUUGCAAUUACUUCCCCCUUUUUAAAAUUGAUGGAAAAAUUACUUUUACUUCGUCUUGAACCCGCUUUGAAACCUUUUAAUGAUCCUAAACAAUUUGCAUACAAACAUGGUAGAAGUACCUUGGAUGCUGCGGUUGUCUUAUAUCACAAUGUUGUCUCUUGUUUAGACAAAGGUGCUAAAUAUGUUCGUAGUGCUUUCUUAGACUACACAUCUGCUUUUGACUCUGUACCUAGGGGCCUUUUGUUAAAUAAGCUAUCGUUGACACAAACAGGAUCCUGGGCUAAGAGUUGGUUGCAUUCCUAUUUUUCUGAUAGAAUGCAGUAUACUGUAUAUAACGGCAAAUCUUCUUCUACCUCGCUUACAAAAUCCGGUGUUCCACAAGGUGCUGUCCUCUCUCCUUUUCUUUUUUCUUUCUUCCUACAUGACCUACCUCAUUCAAACGAAACUAACUUUGUCAAAUAUGCAGAUGAUCUGACUGUAUCACUGCCUAUCACUUCCGAGUCUGACAGCUCCAAACUUAAUAGCUUUCUGUUGGACAUCAACAACUGGUCCAAGUCAAAUGGUCUUAUAUUAAAUCCUUCCAAAUGUCAGGCGCUUGACUUUACUUUCAAGCAUCGACGUGACUUACUUGAACUAGUUAACUCGCAUGAUCCCUGUAGCAUAGAUGGCACGGAAAUUGAAACCAAAUCAAGCAUUAAAUACCUUGGAUUAGUUUUUUCCUCUGACCUUUCAUGGUCAUCCCAUAUCUUAUCUAUCUCUAAGAAAAUGUUUCGUCUUACCUUCUACAUUAAAAAGUUAAGACAAUCAGGUAUCAACCAACCUUUAGUUUUGCAAUUUUUAAACUCCUGUAUUUUACCUAUUGUACUCUACUGCUCUCCAUUAAUCUUUCCUGGGCUUCUCAAAAAAGAUUAUAUCAUAUUACGAAGAGUAUUAAAUGCUGUGAGUAGAGCUUGUGGUCUGCCACUGCAUGAGCUCGCUAAUACUAUAGUCGAGAGGCAUAUAAAUUCCUGUACGAAAUGGGCAAAGGCUAUAAUGUCAGACCCUCUGCACCCCCUUUAUUCACACCUGUCCCCUUGUAUCUCAUCAGGUAGGACGAGAAGUCAAUAUAAAAAGAUAUAUGCUCGUACUACUAAGUAUAGAAAUUCUACAAUACCCUAUUUAGCGCGUACUUUAUGUGACGAAGACUCUGUUAGACGUGAAACUUACAAGUUACUAUGUAAUUAGCACAGUGAAUCGACC